AUGAAGCUAAAAGGGCUGUAUGUGUGGGCAAGACUCGUCUCUCGUCUCGCCAAGUAUUACAUUCCUCUUAAGGACUCUGAGAAACACAAGAUCAAAUACGAGAUUCAUCGGUUAGUGGUGAAUAGAGAUCCAAAGUUCACAAAUUUCGUUGAGUUUUGCACGCAAAAAGUAAUCUAUAGGCGGUAUGCUGGGUUGUUCUUCUCAUUGUGUGUUGACAUAAUGGAUAAUGAGUUGGCAUAUUUGGAAUAUAUCCAUUUAUUUGUGGAGAUAUUGGAUCAUUUCUUCAGCAAUGUGUGCGAGCUAGAUUUGGUGUUUAAUUUUCAUAAGGUUUAUUUGAUACUUGAUGAAUUCAUUCUUGCUGGAGAGCUUCAAGAAACAAGCAAGAAGGCAAUCAUAGAGAGAAUGGGAGAGCUGGAGAAGCUAGUGUAAUUAUUCUAUACUGCAAGAGUGUUUAAAAGUCUGCAAUUUGUUUUGUAAUUGUUUCCUUUUGUGGGUGAUAUUAAUUUGUUAUUUUGCACAGCCUUCUCACCCGUGAAUGUCCAAAACAGAAAGAUUAACAAGGAAAUAUUCUUUGUUUUAAGAAGUGCUAUAAUCUGUCAGCAUUUUCCCUCCCCCUUUUAGCUGUUAGUAACAAUUGCAGCAUUAGAUGAUCAUUCUGUAGGCAAGGCUGUAUCUGGUAUAUUAUCAUAUCUUGAGAAGAACUCAUUUGUGAUUGGAAAGACAUUAUACAAUUGAACUGUUUCUAGGUGCUACA